GAGAGAUGACGUUUCUGAGAGGAAGAAGAGGAGCAGAGAAGAAGAGAGGAUAGAGGAAAAUAAAGAGGAGAGAGAGGGAGGGGCCAAGAGAGCACGACAAAACCACACAGAGAACGAGACCUGCUCCCAACCAGGAGGAGGAGCCUCAUUGCCAGGCGACCGGCCCUGUAUCUCCGUGGUGAUGUGUGUGGAAGGAAAGGAGGGCGUGGCCUGGCGGAACGAGGGGAUUGCCUGUGAGGGAGAAGAGGCUGGGUUAUCUCUGUGUUUCUCUGUGAGGGCUGAUCUCAUUGGUCAAAUUCAGCGGUGGGGGCGGGACCCCAGGAACUGUCCAUUACAGGAGAGAGAGACAGACGGACAGACCAGAACGGUAGAGCUGUUGUUUGUGAGGUCAUCAGUACGCUGGUUUCCUCUGAUCCAGGCUGGAUCUUUCUACAGACUCAUCGCUCCAAACACCCAGGAUCCCAGUGUUCUGAUUGGCUGUCGUGUUGCUGGGAGGAGUGGUGUAGUGCUCCAUACGAACCCCUCCCUCCUUGUGCGCUCUGAUUGGAGGAUCCACACCCUGACCCACCCACUCCUGACCACGCCCUACUCCCAGUUUGUUUCUCAGAAGGUCAUGUCUGUGGCUGAGGUCCUAGACUGCAGCAGUGGGGUGGAUCUGGUGUCGUUCCAUGGAGUCAUAUCCCAGAGGAUCACCCUACAGAGAGGAACGACCACACACACUCCUACACAGAGAGACGUGGAAGCAGGACUGAGUGUGAGGUUGACGGUGUGUGUGGAGCCCAGAGGGCGGAGCCUGCAGGUCUAUUUGGACCUAAGCCUCACCCCCUACCCUCCCGGCCUGGUACCCGGAAACACUGUCCAGUUUACCAGCUUCCAACGCAGGCUGUCACGGGUGGGAGGGGUGUAUUGUCGUUCUGUCCCAGUCAGCUGUUUGACCAUCAUGGCCCUGGGAAAGACAGACACCCAGUCAUGUGACUCUCCUCCUCCCAUAAUCCUCUUGGGUGUGUGGGCAUUGGCAGGGGCAGAGCAGUGCAUUUUGGGCCGGGUCAGAGGUCAUGUGGUGUGUGUUCUCUACCUGCAGCUGCAGUGGACUUGUUCUCUGUGUGGCAGUAUAUACACACAGGAGAGGUGUACUCGGUCUCAGCCUCCCUGUAAUUCUACCUCUGCUGUGUUUCAGGCCGAAGCCAAGGCAGCUGUAGAGGAUGGCAGUGGAGAGGCCCAUAUUUGGUUCUCCUGUCCAGUAAUUUCCGGUUUACUGGGGUUAGCCAUGCCCCAGUGGGAAGGGCUUCAGAGGUCACUGAGGGUCAGAGGUCACCUCAGGGUCUACACUCGGGGGCGGAGCCUGGUGUGUGAUGUGGACGCUGACGACCCUCUCCUCCACUACCUGUCCUGUGUGUGUAGCAGCAGCACUGUGUGUCGCCCCCUAACUCUCAUCUGCACUCUACACACACGUUCACACACACCUGCUGCACGCAGAGAGGACUCUGCCCAGCUGAAGAGGUUUACCCGAGGAGACAGAGAGUUUGUGACUCGGAUGCCCCCCCCUCUCCAACUCACCUGUACACACAUCCUGGAGGAGAGAGAGCGGGACUGAGAGAGCGAUAGGGAGACUGAGAGAACGAUAGGGAGACUGAGAGAGCGAUAGGGAGACUGAGAGAGCGAUAGGGAGACUGAGAGAGCGAUAGGGAGACUGAGAGAGCGAUAGGGAGACUGAGAGAGCGAUAGGGAGACAGAGAGCGAGAGAGAGACUGAGGGAGGGAGCGAGGGACUGAGGGAGCGAUAGGGAGACUGAGAGAGCGAUAGGGGGACUGAGGGAGCCAGCGAGGGACUGAGGGAGCGAUAGAGAGACUGAGAGAGCGAUAGGGGGACUGAGGGAGCCAGCGAGGGACUGAGGGAGCGAUAGGGAGACUGAGAGAGCGAUAGGGAGUCUGAGAGAGCGAUAGGGAGACAGAGAGCGAGUGAGGUAGGCUGAGGGAGCGAGAUACUCGGGGACUGAGGGAGAGCGAGGGACUUGGGGAGCGAGAGGGAGGGACAGAGCUAGGGGGAGGGAGAGAGGGAUACAGACAUGGAGAGAGGGACUGUUUAGGGAAAUCAAAUGUUGAUCUGUUGUUAAUAAAUGUUUUCAUUUUU